UGCAUCCCCCUGCCUUGUCCCCACUGCGGCUCCCGCAUUCUCCGUGCAGGCUGCGGGCUGCAGGCUGCGGUCUGGCUCUGCGGGGAGAUGCAGGCUGACUCGGCGGCUGCACCGUCCACAUCCUGCCUGCCUCGGGGCGCCGCCGCCCGCUCAGCUCUGCGCUCUCAUUGGCCGCCCUGCAGGAAGAUGAACGCCGCCGCUUCUGUUUCCUUUUGAUGCUGCUGUGACACACGGAGGGGGGGCAUGUUUCCUCAGGAGCUGGCUCAGAAAAUCAAGGGCUACCAGGAGCAGAUCGCCUCUUUGAACUCCAAGUGCAAGAUGCUGACGAUGAAAGCCAAGCACGCCACCAUGCUGCUGACGGUGACCGAGGUCGAGGGGCUGGCGGAAGGGACCGAGGACCUGGAUGGGGAGCUCCUCCCCGCGCCUUCGGCCCACCCCUCCGUGGUCAUGAUGACUGCAGGUCGCUGUCACACUUUGCUGUCACCUGUCACUGAGGAGUCUGGGGAGGAGGGAACCAACAGUGAGAUUUCCUCUCCACCUGCCUGUCGCUCCCCUUCACCUGUGGCUAAUACAGAUGCUUCUGUUAAUCAGGACAUUGCAUAUUACCAAGCCUUGUCUGCUGAGAGGUUGCAGUCAGAUGCAGCAAAGGUCCACCCCAGCAUGUCAACAGUUCAGGAGUUCUAUGAACCAGGACUGGAGCCAUCUGCUACUGCCAAACUGGGUGAUUUGCAGCGUUCUUGGGAAACCUUAAAGAACGUGAUCAGUGAAAAGCAACGCACACUCUAUGAAGCUUUGGAACGCCAGCAAAAGUACCAGGACUCCCUUCAGUCCAUCUCUACAAAAAUGGAGGCCAUCGAGAUGAAACUCAAUGAGAGUCUUGAGUCCGACAGGAGCCCGGAAAGCCAGAUGGCUGAACAUCAGGCUCUGAUGGAUGAGAUUCUCAUGCUCCAGGAAGAAAUCAGUGAGCUGCAGUCAUCCCUGGCAGAGGAGCUGGUGGCCGAGUCGCGGGAGUCUGACCCCGCGGAGCAGCUGGCUCUGCAGUCCACCCUCACUGUCUUGGCCGAGCGAAUGGCCACCAUCAGGAUGAAAGCGUCAGGGAAACGGCAGCUUUUGGAGGAGAAGUUAAAUGAUCAGCUGGAGGAACAGAGACAGGAACAGGCCCUGCAGAGGUAUCGCUGUGAAGCCGAUGAGCUGGACCACUGGCUCUUGAGUACCAAGGCCACUCUGGACGUUGCACUGGGUACAUCCAAGGAGCCCAUGGACAUGGAGGCCCAGCUGGUGGACUGCCAGAACAUGCUUGUGGAAAUAGAGCAGAAGGUGGUGGCCUUAUCGGAGCUCUCAGUCCACAAUGAAAACCUGCUGCUGGAGGGCAAGGCCCAGACGAAAGACGAGGCUGAGCAGCUGGCAGUGAAGCUGAGGACACUCAAGGGGAGCCUCCUGGAGCUGCAGAGAGCCCUGCAUGACAAGCAGCUCAACAUCCAGGGAACAGCACAAGAGAAGGAGGAGAGAGAUGUUGACCUAACGGCCUCUCAGAGCCCAGGUGUCCAGGAAUGGCUGGCCCAAGCUCGCUCCACGCGGACCCACCACCGGCAGAGCAGUCUCCAGCAACAAAAAGAGUUAGAACAGGAAUUGGCUGAGCAGAAGAGCCUGCUGCGCUCAGUAGCCAGUCGUGGAGAGGAGAUUCUCACCCAGCACUCAGCUGCAGAGACCUCUGGAGGCAUUGGCGAAAAACCUGAUAUGUUAUCCCAGGAGUUGGGAAUGGAAGGAGAGAAAUCAUCUGCUGAAGACCAGAUGAGAAUGAAAUGGGAAAGCCUACAUCAAGAAUUUAGUACCAAGCAGAAACUGUUGCAGAAUGUUCUGGAACAGGAACAAGAGCAAGUGCUUUACGGCAGGCCAAAUCGACUCCUAUCGGGUGUGCCACUGUACAAAGGGGACGGGCAGAUCCAGGAUAAAUCUGCAGUUACAUCUUUGCUGGAUGGAUUGAACCAGGCCUUCGAGGAGGUUUCAUCCCAGGGUAAAGGGACAAAGAAGCAGAAUAUGCACUUGGAACAGAAGUUAUAUGAUGGGGUCUCAGCUACGUCUACCUGGUUGGAUGAUGUUGAAGAACGUUUAUUUGUAGCCACAGCACUUUUACCAGAAGAAACAGAAACUUGUCUCUUCAACCAAGAGACUCUUGCCAAAGACAUUAAGGAAAUGUCUGAAGAAAUGGAUAAGAAAAAGAACUUGUUUUCCCAAGCCUUUCCAGAGAAUGGUGAAAAUCGAGAUGUUAUCGAAGAUACUUUGGGUUGUCUUUUGGGCAGGUUAUCCUUGCUAGAUUCAGUAGUAAAUCAACGAUGUCAUCAGAUGAAGGAAAGACUUCAGCACAUACUAAAUUUCCAGAAUGAUCUGAAGGUGCUGUUUACAUUGCUGGCUGACAACAAAUACAUCAUUCUGCAAAAACUGGCAAAUGUGUUUGAACAACCUGUAGCAGAACAAAUAGAGGCAAUACAACAGGCCGAAGAUGGACUAAAGGAAUUAGAUGCAGGAAUCAUUGAAUUAAAAAGGCGUGGUGACAAGUUGCAGAUCGAGCAGCCUUCCAUGCAGGAACUCUCCAAACUUCAGGACAUGUACGAUGAACUGAUGAUGACCCUUGGCUCCCGGCGGAGUGGUCUGAACCAGAACCUUACACUCAAGAGUCAGUAUGAAAGGGCCCUGCAAGAUCUGGCUGACCUGCUAGAAACCGGUCAGGAGAAGAUGGCAGGAGACCAGAAAAUCAUUGUGUCUUCCAGAGAGGAAAUUCAACAACGACUUGACAAACAUAAGGAAUACUUUCAGGGCCUGGAGUCUCAUAUGAUCUUGACUGAAACACUCUUUAGGAAGAUAAUCAGCUUUGCAGUCCCAAAGGAAACCCAAUUCCACACAGAACUGAUGGCUCAGGCUUCUGCUGUACUGAAACGAGCUCACAAGAGGGGCGUGGAACUGGAGUACAUUCUAGAGGCAUGGUCCCAUCUGGAUGAGGACCACCAGGAGCUCAGCAGACAACUGGACGUGGUGGCGAGCAGCCUCCCGAGUGUGGGUCUGGUGGAGGAAAGUGAGGACAGGCUCGUCGACAGGAUAACCCUCUACCAGCGUUUAAAAUCCAGCCUUAAUGAAUACCAGCCCAAAUUAUAUCAGCUAUUAGACGAUGGAAAACGACUUCUGAUAUCUAUUAGCUGCUCAGAUCUAGAAAGCCAACUAAAUCAACUUGGAGAGCAUUGGCUGAAUAAUACCAACAAAGUGUCUAAGGAACUUCACAGGUUGGAAACGAUAUUGAAACACUGGACCAGAUAUAAAAGUGAAUCUGCAGAUCUCAUUCACUGGUUACAAUCUGCAAAAGACAGGCUAGAAUUUUGGACUCAGCAAUCUGUCACGGUCCCACAAGAACUAGAAAUGGUCCGUGAUCACCUGAAUGCUUUCCUAGAGUUUUCUAAAGAAGUGGAUGCCAAAUCUUCCCUGAAAUCAUCUGUUCUGAGCACUGGAAAUCAGCUUCUGCGAUUAAAGAAGGUGGACACGGCCGCCCUGCGUUCUGAGCUGUCUCACAUCGAUAGCCAGUGGACUGACCUGCUGACAAAUAUUCCAGCUGUACAGGAAAAGCUCCACCAGCUUCAAAUGGAUAAGCUUCCUUCACGCAGUGCCAUUUCUGAAGUCAUGAGUUGGAUUUCUCUAAUGGAAAAUGUUAUACAAAAGGAUGAAGAGGAUAUAAAAAAUUCCAUAGGUUACAAGGCAAUUCAUGAAUACCUUCAGAAAUAUAAGGGUUUUAAGAUAGACAUUAACUGUAAACAGUUGACAGUCGAUUUUGUGAACCAGUCUGUGCUACAAAUCAGCAGUCAGGAUGUAGAAAGUAAACGUAGCGAUAAGACUGAUUUUGCUGAGCAACUUGGAGCAAUGAAUAAAAGUUGGCAAAUCCUGCAAGGUCUAGUAACUGAGAAGAUCCAGUUGUUGGAAGGCUUAUUGGAAUCUUGGUCAGAAUAUGAAAAUAAUGUACAAUAUCUGAAAACUUGGUUUGAAACCCAGGAAAAGAGGCUAAAACAACAACAUCGAAUUGGAGAUCAGGCUUCCGUUCAGAAUGCACUGAAAGACUGUCAGGAUCUGGAAGAUUUGAUUAAAGCAAAAGAAAAAGAAGUAGAGAAAAUCGAGCAGACUGGACUUGCUUUGAUUCAGAACAAGAAAGAAGAAGCCUCUAGCAUUGUGGUGAACACGCUGCAGGAGCUCAACCAAACCUGGGCAAACUUAGACCACAUGGUUGAGCAGUUAAAGAUACUGUUGAAGUCAGUUCUCGACCAAUGGAGCAACCACAAAGUGGCCUUUGACCAGAUCAACACUGACCUCAUGGAAGCCAGGUAUUCCCUGUCCCGAUUCCGUCUGCUGACUGGCUCCUUAGAAGCUGUUCAAGUUCAGGUAGACAAUCUUCAGAAUCUCCAAGAUGAUCUAGAAAAACAGGAAAGGAGCUUACAGAAAUUUGGCUCUGUCACCAACCAACUGUUAAAAGAGUGUCACCCACCUGUGACAGAAACUCUUACCAAUACACUGAAAGAAGUCAAUAUGAGAUGGAAUAACUUGCUGGAAGAGAUUGCUGAGCAGCUGCACUCUAGCAAGGCCCUCCUUCAGCUUUGGCAGAGAUACAAGGACUACUCCAGACAGUGCGCUUCCACAGUUCAGCAGCAAGAAGAUCGAACCAAUGAGCUGCUGAAGGCAGCCACGAGCAAGGACAUUGCUGACGAUGAAGUUGCCACAUGGAUUCAAGAUUGCAACGAUCUGCUCAAAGGACUGGGGACAGUUAAGGAUUCUCUUUUUGUUCUCCAUGAGCUGGGAGAGCAACUCAAGCAACAAGUGGAUGCUUCGGCAGCACCGGCCAUUCAGUCCGAUCAACUCUCUUUGAGUCAACACUUGUGUGCCCUGGAGCAGGCUCUUUGCAAACAGCAGACUAUGUUACAGGCUGGAGUUCUUGACUAUGAAACUUUUGCCAAGACUUUGGAAGCUCUGGAAGCCUGGAUAGUGGAAGCUGAUGAAAUCCUCCAAGGGCAGGAUCCUAGCCACUCAUCGGACCUCUCCACCAUCCAGGAAAGGAUGGAAGAGCUUAAGGGGCAGAUGUUAAAAUUCAGUAGCAUGGCUCCAGAUUUAGACCGUCUAAAUGAGCUUGGAUAUAGAUUACCCCUGAAUGAUAAAGAAAUCAAAAGGAUGCAGAAUCUGAACCGUCACUGGUCUUUGAUCUCCUCUCAGACUACGGAAAGAUUCAGUAAGUUGCAGUCGUUUUUGCUACAACAUCAGACAUUCUUGGAAAAAUGUGAAACAUGGAUGGAAUUCCUGGUUCAAACAGAACAAAAGUUAGCAGUAGAGAUUUCAGGCAAUUAUCAGCAUCUUUUGGAACAGCAGAGAGCACAUGAGUUGUUUCAAGCAGAGAUGUUCAGUCGUCAGCAGAUUUUGCACUCGAUUAUUAUUGAUGGGCAACGUCUUCUUGAACAAGGUCAAGUUGAUGACAGGGAUGAGUUCAACCUGAAAUUGACACUCCUCAGUAAUCAGUGGCAGGGAGUGAUUCGCAGGGCCCAGCAGAGGCGGGGGAUCAUCGACAGCCAGAUCCGCCAGUGGCAACGCUAUAGGGAGAUGGCAGAAAAACUUCGUAAAUGGUUGGUUGAAGUGUCCUAUCUACCUCUGAGUGGUCUCGGAAGUGUCCCUAUACCACUGCAGCAAGCAAGGACCCUCUAUGAUGAAGUGCAGUUCAAAGAAAAAGUGUUCCUGCGACAACAAGGCAGCUACAUCCUGACAGUGGAGGCUGGCAAGCAGCUCCUGCUCUCAGCAGACAGCGGAGCUGAGGCCGCCUUGCAGACUGAACUCACUGAAAUCCAAGAAAAAUGGAAAUCAGCCAGCAUGAGUCUGGAAGAACAGAAGAAAAAACUGGCCUUCUUGUUGAAAGACUGGGAAAAAUGUGAGAAAGAAAUAGCUGAUUCUCUGGAGAAACUACGAACUUUCAAAAAGAAGCUUUCCCAGCCUCUACCAGAUCACCAUGAAGAGCUCCAUGCAGAACAAAUGCGUUGCAAGGAAUUAGAAAAUGCAGCUGGGAGCUGGACAGAUGACUUGACGCAGUUGACACUACUGAAGGACACCCUCUCUGCCUAUAUCAGCACUGAUGACAUCUCCAUCCUUAAUGAACGCAUAGAGCUCCUGCAAAGGCAGUGGGAAGAACUGUGCCACCAGCUCUCCUUAAGGCGGCAGCAGGUAAACGAAAGAUUGAAUGAAUGGGCAGUCUUCAGUGAAAAGAACAAGGAGCUUUGUGAAUGGUUGACUCAAAUGGAAAGCAAAGUUUCUCAGAAUGGAGACGUUCUCAUUGAAGACAUGAUAGAGAAACUCAAGAAGGAUUAUCAAGAGGAAAUUGCUGCUGCCCAAGAAAACAAAAUACAGCUCCAACAAAUGGGAGAACGACUUGCUAAAGCCAGCCAUGAAAGCAAAGCAUCUGAGAUUGAAUACAAGCUCGGAAAGGUCAACGACCGGUGGCACCAUCUCCUGGAUCUCAUUGCAGCCAGGGUAAAGAAACUGAAGGAGACUCUGGUGGCUGUGCAGCAGCUUGACAAGAACAUGGGCAGCCUGCGGACUUGGCUUGCUCACAUUGAGUCUGAGCUGGCCAAGCCAAUAGUCUAUGAUUCCUGUAACUCAGAAGAAAUACAGAGAAAGCUUAAUGAGCAGCAGGAGCUUCAGAGAGACAUAGAGAAGCACAGUACAGGUGUCGCCUCUGUCCUCAACCUGUGCGAAGUCCUGCUGCACGACUGUGACGCUUGUGCCACGGACGCCGAGUGUGACUCCAUCCAGCAGGCUACGAGAAACCUGGACCGGCGGUGGAGAAAUAUCUGUGCUAUGUCCAUGGAAAGGAGGCUCAAAAUCGAAGAGACGUGGCGAUUGUGGCAGAAGUUUCUGGAUGACUAUUCUCGUUUUGAAGAUUGGCUGAAGAUUUCAGAAAGGACAGCUGCUUUCCCCAGCUCUUCCGGGGUGCUCUAUACGGUUGCCAAGGAAGAACUAAAGAAAUUUGAGGCUUUCCAGCGACAAGUUCACGAGAGCCUGACCCAGCUGGAGCUGAUCAAUAAGCAGUACCGCCGCCUGGCCAGGGAGAAUCGCACGGAUUCCGCGUGCAGCCUGAAACAGAUGGUUCACGAAGGCAACCAGAGAUGGGACAACCUGCAAAAGCGCGUCACCUCCAUCUUGCGCAGGCUCAAGCAUUUUAUUGGCCAGCGUGAGGAGUUUGAGACUGCACGGGACAGCAUUCUAGUCUGGCUAACGGAGAUGGAUCUGCAACUCACUAAUAUUGAACAUUUUUCUGAGUGUGACGUUCAAGCUAAAAUAAAGCAACUCAAGGCCUUCCAGCAGGAAAUUUCAUUGAACCACAGUAAGAUUGAGCAGAUAAUUGCCCAAGGAGAGCAGCUGAUCGAAAAGAACGAGCCUUUGGAUGCGGCAGUCAUCGAGGAAGAGCUGGAUGAGCUCCGACGUUACUGCCAGGAGGUCUUCGGGCGCGUGGAAAGAUACCAUAAGAAACUGAUCCGCCUGCCUCUGCCUGACGAGGAGCCCGACCUCUCUGACAAGGAGCUGGAGCUAGGUGACUCUACGGCCCUCUCGGACCUGCGCUGGCAUGACCCAUCUGCAGACAGCGUCCUGUCCCCCCAGCCGUCCUCCAACCCCUCCCUCUCACUGGCCCAGCGGUCUGGAAGAGACACCCCAGCCAGCGUGGAUUCCAUCCCCCUGGAGUGGGAUCAUGACUAUGACCUCAGCCGUGACCUGGAGUCUGCAGUGUCCAGAACUCUGCCUUCUGAGGACGAGGAGGGUCAAGAAGACAAAGAUUUCUACCUGCAGGGUGCUGUUGGCUUAUCAGGGGAUCACAGUGCCUUAGAGUCGCAGCUCCAACAACUGGAUAGAGCCCUGGGUGACAGCCGCUUUCAGAUCCAGCAAACCGAAAAUAUCAUCCGCAGCAAAACUCCCACAGGGCCAGAGCUGGAAUCCAGCUACAAAGGCUAUAUGAAGCUGCUGGGCGAAUGCAGCGGCAGUAUAGACUCAGUGAAGAGACUGGAACACAAGCUGAGGGAGGAAGAAGCCAGCUUUCCUGGCUUCGUAAACCUGAACAGCACCGAAACCCAGACAGCUGGGGUGAUUGACCGAUGGGAGCUCAUCCAGGCCCAGGCCCUGAGCAAGGAGCUGAGGAUGAAGCAGAACCUCCAGAAGUGGCAGCAGUUCAACUCAGACCUGAACAACAUCUGGGCCUGGCUGGGGGAGGCGGAGGAGGAGCUGGAGCAGCUGCAGCGUCUGCAGCUCAGCACCGACAUCCAGACCAUCGAGCUCCAAAUCAAAAAGCUCAAGGAGCUUCAGAAAGCUGUGGACCACCGCAAAGCCAUCAUCCUCUCCAUCAAUCUCUGCAGUCCUGAGUUCACCCAGGCCGAUAGCAAGGAGAGCCGGAACCUGCAGGACCGCUUGUCCCAGAUGAAUGGGCGCUGGGACCGGGUGUGCUCUUUGCUGGAAGAGUGGCGGUGUCUGCUGCAGGAUGCGCUGAUGCAGUGUCAGGAUUUCCAUGAGAUGAGCCACGGUUUGCUUCUUAUGCUGGAAAACAUUGACAGAAGGAAAAAUGAAAUUGCCCCUAUUGAUUCUACUCUUGAUGCAGACACACUUCAGGACCAUCACAAACAGCUCGUGCAAAUAAGGCAUGAGCUAUUGGAGUCCCAACUCAAGGUAGCCUCUCUGCAAGACAUGUCUUGCCAACUACUGGUGAAUGCUGAAGGCACAGACUGUUUAGAAGCCAAAGAAAAAGUCCACGUUAUUGGAAAUCGGCUCAAACUUCUCUUGAAGGAGGUCAGUCACCAUAUCAAGGAACUGGAGAAGUUAUUAGACAUAUCAAGCAGUCAGCAGGAUUUGUCUUCCUGGUCUUCUGCUGAUGAUCUGGACACCUCGGGAUCUGUGAGUCCCACAUCAGGAAGAAGCACCCCAAACAGACAGAGAACGGUCCACAAAAGGUGGCUCCGAUUCCUCCCCUUCUGAGCCUCGGCCAGCUCCGUCCGGCCGAGCCUUCCUGUCCCGAGUCCUCCGAGCGGCUCUUCCCCUUCAGCUUCUCCUGCUGCUCCUCAUCGGGCUCGCCUGCCUGGUCCCACGGUCAGAGGAAGACUACAGUUGUGCCCUGUCCAACAAUUUUGCCCGGUCAUUCCACCCCAUGCUCAGAUACACAAAUGGCCCUCCUCCACUCUGAACCAAGCAGAUGCCACCUGCAGAAGAGCUGGUAGCAUAAGGAGGAUCAGGCCAAAAGCAAUCCCAAACGAUCAAAAAGAGGACCUUAGUCUCAGCAAAAGACCUCGGAGUGGCAGCUUUAUCUUUCCUCCUUAUCGUGGCUUUGGAGGUGGAAGAUAAACGAUGGCAGGAGAGCGAACAGAUGACAGAAGGUUUAGAAGAAAUCAUGUUUGAGACUCUGAGCCUUCGCACUAAAAAGAUCAAGUGAGAACCUCCAAAGUUCCCUGGACUGGUGAAUUCUGGACUUUUGGCCCAUUCUGUGCAUAGGCAAAGAUUUCAGCAGACUGUUUGGGCAGCUUUCCCGUGGUGCUGCUUCAUCCAACCAAUGAAUGACCCUCCCAAGCCCCAUGUCAGUAUCGUACAAUCUACCAACCAACCAGUACUGGAGAGACUUUAGAACCUGUAACAUACAAUUUUUAAGAGCUUAUAUGGCAGCUCCCUUUUUAACCUUGUUUUCCUUUGGGGCAUGAUAUUCUAACCUUUGCUUUAGAAGCAUAAGCUGUAAAUCUAAAGGCACUUUUUUUAAAGGUAUAAAGAAAAGCUAGAUGUAAUAAAUAAGAUCAUGGAAGGCUUUAUGUGAAAAAAGAAGAGUUGAAUGUUAUAGUAAAAAAGAUAUUUAUGUAUGUACAGUUUGCUAAAGCCAAGUUUUGUUUGUAUUGAUUUCUUUGCAUUUAUUAUAGAUACUGUAAAAUAU